AUGCCCACUGGCUUUCUCCAUGGCAACACAUUUGACACCAAAAUUACUGGGAAUUGAGAGGCCACCCCCCAGUCAUGCCUACACAUGGCUUCACUGCAGAAAGCUGGCACCCACCUGUGUUGGGGGGGUCCUUGUGUACCCCACCUCUCUGCCACCCUAGACAUCCCAGAGUCCCAAUAUCCAGUUGCAGGGCAUCCUGAGACACAAGCAAACCAGGGUGCCCCUGAUGCAGCUACUGAGGCUGUACUGGGGCUGCAUGACCUUUGUAGCCCACGCCUCACCUUCCACACCAAGGUGGCCGCCAGCACCCUGCCUGUGUGCCGGCUCCAGCUGGAGAAUGCCCUCGUGCUGCUGAAGUGCUGGGGUGGCAGGCCUGACACAGCUCGUCUGCCUGUGGCCCCACUCACCUGCUCCUCUUCCCCACUGCUGGACAGGGAGGUGCGGCCCAGCAGUGUUGUCCAGCCCCUGGCCUUGCCAGAGAGCACCAGGCGAGGUGCAGAUGCUAACAUGGGCUCUGUCACCUCCAGCAGGGUGACUGGUGGGUCUCUGGUGUGAGGUCAAGGCUGGGUGGAUUGAAUCCUGUCCUUUAGCUCUAAGACCUGAACCAACAUCUUCAAGCCUCAUGUGGCUACUGCCAUGGCCCCCUAUGUGUCCUGGAUCAGGAGGGUCAUCAGCCACUGGCCAUCCUGGCCUCUGAUGUGGCACUCCAGUUGA